AUGGAUAGUAGUAGCAAUCAGAAACAAUACUUCCUCGAAAGUGGGUAUAAAGUAGAAUAGAUAAAAAAAGAGGAAUUGAAAAAGAUUUCUUCAGAAGGUAAAAUCGUUUAAUAGUUUAGUAGGAUAAAUUUUGAUUCUUUAAAUAUUAAUCUUAAUAAAGGACAAUGGCAUAAAUUUAGCGAAAGAAAUAAGAAUUGAUUUAUUUGACUUCAUUUUAGCCUUAAUAUAAGCACUUAUCUUUAAUAAUUAUGGAAGGAGUAGUUUGGUAGAUGCAUAAAGUCUAAACUUACCAAAGAAGUGA